AUGGGGUCCUCGCUCCCGCCCAAGGAGGCCAACCUCUUCAAAGUCAUCGUCAAAUCCUAUGAGACUAAGCAAUAUAAGAAAGGGCUUAAGGCUGCAGAUUCCAUAUUAAAAAAGUUUCCAGAGCAUGGUGAAACACUAUCAAUGAAAGGUUUGACGCUAAACUGCAUGGACCGAAAAUCUGAAGCAUAUGAGCUUGUUCGACGAGGCCUCAAGAAUGAUCUGAAGAGUCAUGUCUGUUGGCACGUCUAUGGUUUGCUUUAUCGGUCAGAUAGAGAAUACAGAGAAGCUAUAAAAUGUUACAGAAAUGCAUUGAGGAUUGAUCCAGAUAACAUAGAAAUUCUUCGUGACUUGUCGCUUCUCCAGGCACAGAUGAGGGACUUGUCUGGCUUUGUUGAGACUAGGCAACAACUUUUGUCGUUGAAGCCAAAUCACCGCAUGAACUGGAUUGGUUUUGCGGUCGCUCAUCAUUUGAAUUCUAAUUCUUCCAAGGCAAUAGAAGUAUUGGAGGCAUACGAGGGAACACUGGAAGAUGAUUAUCCUCCAGAGAAUGAGCGAUAUGAACAUAGUGAAAUGCUGCUGUAUAAGAUAUCAUUGUUUGAAGAAUGUGGGAUGCUAGACAGAGCCCUUGAGGAGAUGCAGAAGAAGGAAAGCAAAAUUGUUGACAAGCUAUCAUUCAAAGAACAAAUGGCAUCCGUCCUGUUCAAACUUGGCCGCUUUGAUGAAUCUGAGAGCAUAUACAGAUCCCUGCUUUUUAUGAAUCCUGAUAACUACAAAUACUUCAUUGCUGUGCAAAAGUGCCUUGGCCUAUACUCUGAUAAUGGUCAAUAUUCUGCUGAUGAUGUUGAGCGCUUAAGUGCAUUAUACAACUCACUUAAAGAGAAGUAUGCUUGGUCAUCUGCUGUUAAGCGUAUCCCUCUUGAUUUUCUGGAAGAUGAAAAGUUCCAGGAGGCAGCAGACAACUAUGUCAGACCUCUAUUAACAAAGGGUGUGCCCUCACUAUUUUCUGAUUUAAGCCCACUGUAUGAACAUCCUGGCAAGGCAAACAUACUGGAGCAGUUAUUUCUUAAAAUAGAGGAUUCAAUUAGGACUUCUGGAUGCUUUCCUGGAUGUCUACAGAAGGAGCCUCCUUCCACACUGUUGUGGACUCUGUUUUUGAUUUCUCAGCACUAUGACAGAAGAGGGCAAUAUGACAUUGCUUUAAAUAAAAUCGAUGAGGCUAUCUCACAUACACCGACUGUCAUCGAUUUAUAUUCAGUAAAGGGGAAGAUAUUGCAACAUGCUGGAAAUUUCACAGCAGCAGCCGCAUUAGCAGAUGAAGCUAGGUCCAUGGAUCUUGCUGAUCGUUAUUUAAACAGCGAGUGUGUUAUGCAGAUGCUUCAGGCUGACCAGGUUGACCUUGCUGAGAAGACUGCUGUCUUGUUUACAAAAGAUGGUGAUCAACACAAUAAUCUUCAUGACAUGCAGUGCAUGUGGUAUGAGCUUGCUUCUGGGGAGAGCUAUUACCGUCAAGGUGAUCUUGGCCGGGCCCUAAAAAAUUUCUUGGCAGUUGAAAAGCAUUACGCUGAUAUGACUGAAGAUCAAUUUGACUUCCAUUCGUAUUGCUUGCGGAAAAUGACACUUAGAGCAUAUGUUUCUAUGCUGAAGUUUCAAGAUCGUUUGCAUGCUCAUGAAUACUUCCACAAGGCUGCUGCUGGAGCUAUCAGGUGCUAUAUGAAACUACAUGAUUCUCCAACAAAAUCUUCUACAGAAGAGAAUGAUGAGAUGUCAAAACUGCCACCUGCUCAGAGGAAGAAGUUGAGGCAAAAGCAGAAGAAAGCAGAAGCGCGUGCUAAAAGGGAGGCUGAAGAGAAACAAGAGGAUGAAACAGCUUUAUCUAACAGUUCAAAAUCUGGAAAGAAACAACAUGCAAGACCAGUUGAUCUGGAUCCACAUGGUGAAAAAUUAAUCCAGAUUGAAAACCCGCUUGGAGAAGCUACGAAAUACUUGAAGCUUCUGCAGAAUAACUCGUCAGACUCGUUAGAGACUCAUAUACUUUCAUUUGAGCUAAGCAUGAGAAAGCAAAAAGUUUUACUUGCUUUCCAGGCAGUUAAACAGCUCAUUAAAUUGGAUGAGGAUAAUCCAGACAGUCACCGCUGUUUGAUAAAAUUCUUCCACAAGAUAAACACACUUCCUGGACCAGUGACUGAUUCAGAGAAGCUAAUUUGGAAUGUUUUGGAAGCUGAACGACCUGACAUGAGGCAAUUACAUGGAAAGUCCCUUGUUGAAGUAAACAGAAGUUUCCUUGAAAAACACAAUGCUUCCUUGAUGCAUCGAGCAGCUGGUGCUGAAAUGAUGUAUCUCUUGGAGCCAGAUAAGAAGAUGGAGGCAAUUAAAUUAAUUGAAGAUUCAACAAAUAUUACAUCGUCAGGGCAUAGUGUGCUUGGUCCUGUAAAAGAAUGGCAAAUUCAAGAUUGUAUUGAUGUUCAUAAAUUGCUGGAGACAGUCUUUGGUGAUCAGGAUGUUGCAAAUAGGUGGAAGGCACGGUGUGCGGAAUAUUUUCCCUACUCGACGUACUUUGAAGGCAUCAAGAGCGCUGUUUCAGCCUAUGCUGUUGACCAUAGUCUCGAGAGCUCACCAGAAAAUGGAAUUGCUUCAAACCUUCAGCUGAAAUCAAAAGAGGGAGAACAAGGCAGUUUGAAUGGGACUGUGCAUAUUGUGGAUGAUUUGAGCAGCCUAAGCAUUCGGUAA